AUGUUUUUCUUCUUCGUCGGCGGCAUCGAGCAGCAGGCAGGGCGGGUGCUGAAGGAGGCGGCGGGACGGUGCGUCCGCUGCAGCUCCACCGCCGACCUAGUCGAAACCGAGCAUGUCCUGAAGCUCUGCUUCGUCCCCGUCAAGCGCUGGCCCGGAAAAGUCCCCUCCUUCUACUGCCGCGAUUGCUCCUUCCUCUCACCCCACUCUCUCCCCCUGGCCGACGACGACCGCGGCCCAGGCGGGCGCGGAAUCUUCGAACCGCUCCGGUGCGGAUCCUGCAGUCGCACCGUUGACCCUCACUUCCGAUUCUGCCCCUUCUGUGGCUACCAACUGUGA